GGGGAGGGCAAAUGUGGGUUUGUGUGUGGCCACUUGUAUGUGGUGUUUCCUGAACUGGGGGCUGAGAGUGUUCUGCCCACCACCACGAAGUUGCUGUGAUCAGGCCAGCUUUUGGCCUCUUUUUCAGGUCUGCGAAGCCUGAGUACUAAAGUCCGUGGUGCCUUCAUUGUGUAGACAGCUAUGGAGACACUCUAAUGUCCCUUGAUUGCUCUCCUGUCCUGAGAAGCUGUAAGGAAUCCACAGUGCCCAGCAGAUGUGGGUAUUGAGCAUUUGCUAUGGGGUAUGUUGGACUGGACUUACACUUUGAAGUACUGUCUGAAGACAAUACUUCCAGGCUGUCUCUGGAAGCCAUGACACAAAAGUCAAAUCCUCCACAAAUCACUUUUAUACUUUUUGGAAUAAUACUUUGGUUGUAUUAGAUAAAUAAAAGCUGUCAUUGAUAUUUCACCUGUUUCCUUUUACUUUGUUAGUGGUUCCUGGAAAAUAAAAAUUAAUUUUGUGGCCCACAGUGUAAUCCUUCUGGACGAGGCUGCUGCAAGGCUUGUAUUUAUUUUGUAAAAGAUGGAGCGAGAGCCAGAAAAUGGAGAACCUGCUGAGAUUAAGAUCAUCAAGGAAGCAUACGAGAAGGCCUUUUUGUUUGUAAAUAAAGGACUGAACACAGAUGAGUUAGGGCAGAAGGACGAAGCAAAGAACUACUACAAGCAAGGCAUAGGACACCUGCUUAGGGGCAUCAGCAUCGCGGCUACAGAGCCAGGGUGCACAGGCCCUGCCUGGGAUUCUGCCAGACAGAUGCAGCAGAAAAUGAAGGAAACACUUCAGAACGUCCGCACCAGGCUAGAGAUCCUAGAGAAGGGCCUUGCCACAUCUCUACGCAAUGACCUUCAGGAUGUGCCCAAGUUAUACCCAGAGUUCCCUCCUAAAGACACAUGCAAGAAGUUCCCAGAGCCAGAUUUGGUUAGUUCAGCCCCCCAGCAUGCUGAAGUAGAUGGGAGCACCUCUGCUGUAGGGGCCACAGGUGCUGCGCCUUCUGCUGGGCCCUCAUCUUCGCCCAGCUGUCCUGCUGAAGCACCCCCAGCCUACACCCCCCAGGCUGCCGAGGGUCACUACACUGUGUCCUAUGGAACAGACUCGGGGGAGUUUUCAUCAGUGGGAGAAGACUUCUACAGGAACCAUACCCAGCCUCCCCCUCUCGAGACCUUGGGACUCGAUGCAGACGAACUGAUUUUGAUACCAAAUGGAGUACAGAUCUUUUUUGUAAACCCUGCGGGAGAGGUUAGUGCUCCGUCAUACCCCGGGUACCUGCGCAUCGUGAGGUUCUUGGAUAAUUCUCUGGAUACGGUUAUGAACCGCCCUCCUGGGUUUCUCCAGGUGUGUGACUGGCUGUACCCACUGGUUCCCGAUAGAUCACCGGUUCUCAAGUGCACCGUGGGAGCCUACAUGUUUCCAGACACCAUGUUACAAGCUGCAGGCUGCUUUGUGGGGGUGGUUCUGUCGUCUGAGCUCCCAGAAGAUGACAGGGAGCUGUUUGAGGAUCUGCUGAGGCAGAUGUCUGACCUUCGGCUCCAGGCAAACUGGAAUAGAGCAGAAGGAGAAGAUGAAUUCCAAAUCCCUGGGAGAGCAAGUCACCCCUCCGAGCCACGGAAGGAAGCUUCUGGCACCGAUGUCAGGCAGUCGGGUUCUUCAGGUUCUUCUCUAGACCAAGGCAGCAAGGAUGCACGCCAUAAAGGAAAGCGUGGGAAAAAGACUAAAGAUACUUCAAGUGAAGAAGUUAAUUUGAGUCAGAUUGUGCCCUGUGAGCCACGUUCAGAAGAAAAAGCCAAAGAACUACCUGAGUGGAGUGAGAAAGUGGCCCACAACAUUCUGUCAGGUGCUUCCUGGGUGAGCUGGGGUUUAGUCAAAGGUGCUGAAUUUACUGGCAAAGCAAUCCAAAAAGGUGCUUCUAAACUCCGAGAGCGCAUUCAACCAGAGGAGAAACCCGUGGAAGUGAGUCCGGCUGUCACCAAGGGCCUCUACAUAGCGAAGCAGGCAACUGGAGGGGCAGCGAAGGUCAGCCAGUUCCUGGUUGAUGGUGUCUGCACAGUAGCAAAUUGCGUUGGCAAAGAGCUCGCUCCACAUGUCAAGAAGCAUGGAAGCAAACUCGUUCCAGAAUCUCUCAAGAGAGACAAAGACGGGAAAUCCACUCUGGAUGGCGCCAUGGUUGUGGCAGCGAGUAGUGUUCAAGGAUUUUCAACUGUCUGGCAGGGAUUGGAGUGUGCGGCUAAAUGCAUUGUCAACAAUGUGUCUGCAGAAACCGUACAAACUGUCAGAUACAAGUACGGGCACAAUGCAGGAGAGGCUACACACAAUGCAGUGGACUCCGCUCUCAACGUCGGCCUCACUGCCUACAACAUUGACAACAUUGGCAUCAAAGCCAUGGUGAAGAAGACUGCCAAGCAGACAGGACACACGCUCCUGGAGGACUAUCAGAUCAUCGACAGCUCUCAGAAGGAAGGCCGGGGAGGAGCAGCAAGCACAGACGUGAGAAGAAACACAGAAAAGCGGACGGAGGAAGAGGAGGAGGAGGAGAAGAAGAAGAAAGGGGCAAAGAAGAAAGAUAAAUAACCGGAGUUCUGGGAGUGACCUACACCAAAGCCUUACCAGAUGGAGGAAUGUGAACAGCAGAUGUGGAUUCUCCACACAAGGACCAGUGGUUUCAAUGUAUUCAUUGCUACAGAGUAACUGUCAGAAGUUUGGGGCAUGUAUCCACUUAACAAGAAAAAUAAUCAGUAUUCUUACAGCUGGUUCUAGAAAUAUGCAGUUUAUAGUCUCAAUACAUUUAUUUUCCCUUCAAUGUGGCUAAAAUAUUUUUGCAGUUAAAAUAAAGCUUAUAAUAUAUGUAACUUAAA